AUGGCCAUCGCCGCACUUCCCCAAUCUACCAUCCAUUUGUUAGGAUCCGCUCAGGUAUUGACAUCUACUACAUCACUUGUCAAGGAGCUUAUUGAUAACGCCCUUGAUGCAAAAGCAACCUCAGUCGAGGUACUAUUGUCUCAGAAUACUUUGGACAAAAUUCAAGUCAGAGACAAUGGACACGGCAUUCAGCAUGAUGACCUUGACGCGCUGGGACGACGCGGACACACUAGCAAGUUGAGGUCGUUUGAAGAUCUGAGAUCAAUUGGUGGGGUCAGUCUGGGCUUUCGUGGAGAGGCACUCGCCAGUGCGGUCCAACUUGGAAAAGUCUCCGUAACCACGCGAACGGAGGGAGAAGCUGUUGCCACUUCUGUUACACUGAAAGCUCCUGGAGGAAUUGCGAAGCAGAGCAAAACGUCUCAUCCGAUUGGUACGACUGUUACUAUCCUGAACUUCAUGUCGAAGCUUCCGGUCAGGAAACAAACAGCACUAAAGUCGGCGUCAAAAACCUUGGUGAAGACAAAAGAGCUCCUUCAAGCAUAUGCCCUUGCUAGACCCUCGAUUCGAUUCAGCUUAAAGAUCACCAAAGAUUCUAAGGGCUCUUGGUCUUUUGCACCUCGUCCAAACGAUGGUGUCAAGGAAGCUGUUUCUCACAUCAUCGGCAAAGAAGCUUCUAUGCAGUGUUUAUCGAAAACUCUGACCUUUUCCGAACCUCGCAAAACUGGAGACAAUGAGUUUCACGUCGAGAUUUAUCUGCCAAAACCUGAUGCUGACAUUUCAAAGGUCGGACAUGGUCAAUAUCUGUCAAUAGAUUCCCGGCCGGUGUCACACGAGAAGGGCACGAUGAAGAAGAUUGUCAGCCUGUUCAAGAGCUACCUCAAAGUUGGGCUAGGUGAAGCGCGUGAGGUUCGCAAUCCUUUCAUCAGGAUCAAUAUAAAUUGUCCUCUUUCUAGUUAUGACCCAAACGUGGAACCCGCAAAGGACGAUGUCAUCUUCGGAAACGAAAGUCUUAUUCUCGACCCUUUUGAGAGUUUUUUCAAAGAUCUUUACGGCGAAAAGGAAUCAGCUUCGAAUUCUACGUCGAAGAACAAACCAGCCAAACCCAUCGACAACUUUGAACUACUCCUGGCAAGAAAUCCUGUGGUUGGCGUACCGUCUCUCAACAAAGGUACAGCUCGAUCCGAUAGCAAUGUUCAAUUGAAGAUUAUUGAAUUCGAAGAUGAUUCUGCUUCUGCCGAAAAAGGGGUCCCAGAUAUGACGCAGGACGAAAACAGCUUAUUUGUUCCUGAAGCAGGCGAGACUAGUCCUGCAAUCGGGAAAAGCCGUCGUUCAUGGGGUAUAGAUAUGUCUAGGGAUUUUGAUGAAGUUGUGACCGAUCCGAGGAGUGCGGUACUGAAUCGCAAGGCAAAGAGCUCUCCUGCCGCGAUUGAAGAUGACAGCUCCAAUACUCUCAACCCUUGGGUCAUUGCUAAAAUGACUGCUCCUUUAAGAACCAAUGCAGAACCAGUAGCUCCGACUGAUCAAGAAUCCCGGACCCCAGGUGCAGCGAACGAUCAGUAUCACAUAAUAGACGGUAACCUUAUAAGAAGAAAAUCACAAGAACAGCUAUUUCUUGAGUCCCCUGUCCAGAAGCAUGGUUCUGUUUCUCGGCGGACACCAAAGCGGCGAUACAGCAAUGAAGCUAGGCUUCCCAAUCCAAAUACACCUAAGGCGUCUCUGUAUGAAUUAGACCGAGGAACAAGACACAGAAGUGAAGAUGGUAAUAUCUAUCUUGAACAGAGAGCAAAGGCCUUCCGUGAUACGACAUUAGAGACACCCGAUAUACCUAGCUUACAUCGGCGACAAGAACACUCCUCCUCAGAAUUUGGUCAUGAAUUACCAAACUUCAAUGAACAAAGUGUACGCCGUCGACAAAAUGAUUUCGUCAGUGCCCGAAGCAUCAAAGAAAGCUUUCUCCUCACUCCACCUGCCACUCAACGACAAAAGCCCUCACACCAAUCCGACAAAGUUAACAAACCAUUUGCAGCACCUCGAAGAAUCGCAGACACCACAUCAACACCGACUAGGCUCCAGCAAACAAGACUUCCAACAUUCCAGGGGCAGCAAGAUUUCUUAGGAGUAGAAGAACCUCAAUCAGAACUUGAAUGGGCAAUGCAAUACGAGCAGAACAAGGAGUCCGCAAGCCGUACCCGUCGCGACCAACUCCGACUCGCUCGAAAGGAUACAGAAACAGAAACCCGCACCGAAAGAACUAAAUCCUCUCCUCACAAGAACAGGUAUAACGCUGCGAUCGCUGCACUCGAAGGAGAUGCUGUUUCCAAACCUCAAGAGCCGAAAACAUCACUACCGCCCAACGAUCCACGAGCAUACCUAAUGAAACAUCAAGCCCUUUCAUCAACAGCAGAUGGCGAGCAGACGAAAGCCAUCCGCAAUACACGCGCCAAAUCGACGAAGUUACCACUUGAGAAGAUUCCAGAUCAUCUCCAAACUCACAAAUUGGUCUUGAAUCUCUCCACAGACAUGGAAAAGAUAAAAGAAAUCACUGAGAUGUUCACCCCUAUCGACGCGUAUAUCUCUCAAGGUCGUUCGGAACCGGGUUUAGAGCUGAGUGUGGCGGCGACGAAAGACCUUAGUCGUGAUAUCAAACGUAUGGUUGACGCGUGGGUAGAGAAGCAGGAGGAUAGACGCGAUUGCGAGGUUGAAUAUUUAUUUGCUAAUCUUAAUAGCGUUGAGGCGUAG